GGUGAGACGCUGGGGAAGAAUGCAAAAGGCUUGGUUGAACCAAUACAAGCGGUAGGAAACACUGGGAAUGUAGGCCUUGGUUUUCCUCAAAGGAGAAGAAGAGGAUGAGGCUGAUGGUCGAACUUCUCCAAAAAGAUUAAUGUCGAUGAUGACGAUGGGCAUUCAAGGGCAGCUUCUCGAGGUCACUGUGGUAGGGUGCCAGAAAUUGAAAGACACGGAAUGGUUUUCGAGGCAAGAUCCGUACGUUGUUCUCGAGUACAGCGGGGCAAGGCACCAAACCAGAACCUGCACAGAUGGUGGAAAGAACGCAGUGUUUCAAGAGAAGUUUAUGUUCACGUUGCUAGAAGGCCUUAGGGAUCUUAAGGUUGCUGUCUGGAACAGCAACACUCUCUCCACUGAUGACUUCAUUGGCAAUGCUACGAUUCAGUUGCAGAAGGUUCUUUCUCAGGGUUACGACGACUGUACCUGGACUCUUCAAACUAAAACUGGCAGAUAUGCGGGAGAAGUAAGACUCAUACUGCAUUAUGCAGGUGCAAAGAACCAACAUCACCACGGGUCUGCGCCAUCAGCACCACCGUAUGCACCUCAAGUACCUCACUACUCAGCACCACCUUCUCCUUCUCCAUAUUCCUCACCGCCAUACACUGGACCAUCUCUAUACCCACAAGUACAAUACUCUCAGCCGCAAUCAGCAUACCCACCAGCUUCACCCUAUCCUCCUCAGCCAUAUGCUUACCCUCCUCCUCCCUCAACCUCCGCUUACCCUCCUGGUCCUUCAGCUUACCCUCCUCCUCCGCCAUCCUCAACUUACCCUCCUCCUCCGUACCCUCCUCAACCAUCACCAUAUUACCCACAAGGUCCCUAUCAAGGACAAUACCCGCCGCCUCCAUACUAAAACUCUGGCGUUGAGAAUUGAUGAAAAGUGGUCAUUAUGUAUAAUGCUAUUUCUAUAAUUUGUUGACGAAUUUUUGUCUCAUUUUAUUUUUAUUUUUUUCUAUCUCCUCUUUGCUGUUCCCGGCCUUUGCAAAUUGUAGCAUAAUGGUUGCUAUGGUCACUGAAACUCAUUGAGAAUUUUGGAUGUUUUUUAUAUGGAAAAAAAGUUAAGCCA